UAAAAACCUUGGUUUUCCAGCUCGGCCGUCUCUCUCUCUCUCUCCUUUGGCAAACAACGGCGCGGACAAAUCUUAAACCAAAACAGCUCUUUCUCUUUCUCUCUCUCGAAAAGCACGUUUCCCCCAAAGGCACAUCAGUUUUGAAAUUUCAGUACACAAAAGGAAAUAAAUAGGGGGGAGCUUGAAGAAGGUGAAAAAACCGAGAAACUUACCUAUAAAUAAUACGUAUACCGAUUUUGCACAACUUGUGUGUAAAGAUUCAAAGUGGUUUUCUUUAUUUGCCUCAAAAGAUUGGAUCACGCACAAGUUUUUAUCGGUUGGGUGUUUUUAAAGAACUUGUGUAUUUAUGUUGCACUGAAAUUGAUUGAUGUGGAAGUGAGAGCGAUAGAUGAAGACUUCGUGUUGAAUAUAUAUAUAUCUUCAGGAAUUCUAACAAGUGUUCUAUUCGGGAGAUUGAUUUUGAUUUCUGUAUGUUUGUUGAUUCUCUAAAGAUCUGAUCUGAAGAAAAGAGAAAUCCGGGUUUUAAUGGCGGUGUUCCUUGACGUGUUCUUGCAAGGUAAAGGAUUAUGUUGAUCCUAUAAACCUGUAGCUCGUGAUGUCAAAUUCGUUCAAUUAACAAACAAAAAAGAUUCAAAUUUUCAAACCCUUAUCAAUACAUGGAUUGAAGAAUCAAUUCGACGGAUGCAAUGUCGAAAACAUUAGCAUCUCUCGGGUUGAUUUCAUUGCUUCUGGUCGGCGUUCUUGCCAUCGAUGACGACGGGUCUGAAAACGGAUUCGGAGGGUGUAAUUGCGAAGUGGAAGGGUUCUUCGGGUACAGAAACAUCAUGGAAACACAAAGAGUAAGCGAUUUCUUAAUCGCAGUUGCUUAUUUCUCAAUUCCAAUCGAGCUUCUAUACUUCGUAAGCUGUUCAAACGUCCCCUUCAAAUGGGUUCUCUUUCAAUUCAUCGCCUUCAUUGUUCUCUGUGGAAUGACCCAUUUGUUAAAUGGGUGGACCUACGAACCACACCCGUUUCAGCUCAUGCUCGCUCUCACCAUUUUCAAGUUCCUUACAGCUUUGGUUUCCUUUGCAACCGCCAUAACUUUAGUCACUCUCAUCCCUUUGCUUCUGAAAGUGAAAGUUCGAGAGUUUAUGUUGAGGAAAAAAACAUGGGAUCUGGGUGUAGAAAUGGGUAUGAUCAAGAAACAAAAAGAAGCCGGGUGGCAUGUUCGUAUGCUGACACAAGAAAUCCGAAAAUCACUCGAUCGACACACGAUUCUCUACACCACUCUCGAUAAAUUAUCGGAAAUUUUGGAUUUACAGAAUUGCGCGAUUUGGAUGCCGGAUAAUACGAAAACGGUGAUGAAUCUAACCCAUCAGCUAAAAGGGGGGCAAUCGUCGACGAUUAUUCCAAUUCAAAAUCCCGACGUUCAAGAAAUUAAACAGAGCGAAGGGGUAAAGCUUUUAGACCAUGAAUCAGAGCUCGGAACCCUAAGUAGUGGUGGGCCAGAACCACCUGGAGCGGUGGCGGCAAUUCGAAUGCCGAUGCUUAGGGUUUCCGAUUUCAAAGGUGGGACCCCUGAAAUGAUUCAAGCAUGUUACGCGAUUCUUGUUUUGGUUCUUCCCGGAGGUCAAAUUCGAUCUUGGACUGGUCCGGAGCUCGAGAUAGUCAAAGUAGUGGCUGACCAGGUGGCGGUGGCUCUUUCCCAUGCGGCGGUGCUUGAAGAAUCUCAGCUCAUGAGAGACAAAUUAGCAGAACAAAAUAGAGCUUUACAACAAGCUAAACAUGACGCCAUGAGAGCUAGUCAAGCAAGGAGCUUGUUUCAAACUGUAAUGAGCAAAAGUUUGAGAAAACCUAUGCAUUCAAUCGUGGGUUUGCUUUCCCUUAUACAAGAUGAUAAUCUAAUGAACCAACAAAAGGUUCUUAUCGAUUCAAUGGUGAAAACAAGCAAUGUACUUUCGAUGUUGAUCGAUGAUGUCAUGGAUGAUUCAUCGAAAGAAAGAUUCCCGUUAGAAAUGAGGUCCUUUCGGCUUCAUUCUUUGAUAAAAGAAGCUGCACAUCUUGCAAAGUGUUUGUGUGUUUAUAAAGGGUAUGAAUUUGUAUUGGAUGUUGAUAAAUCUUUACCGGAUAAUGUUAUGGGAGAUGAGAGGCGGGUUUUUCAGGUGAUUUUGCAUAUGGUUGGGAAUCUUUUGAAUCGGGGGAAUGGUGGAGGGGGAAUGGUGUUGAGAAUUUUGAAAGAGAGUGGAAGUUAUGGGAGGAAUGAUCAACGGUGGGCAAGUUGGAGAUCGAAUUCGGGUGAUGGUUAUGUCAGUGUGAAGUUUGAAAUCGGGAUCAACGAUCAUGAUACGAAAUUGGAACGGUCGUUUGCUGAUGAGAGAAUUCGUAGUGGUGGAGUUGAGCAAAGUUUGAGCUUUGGAAUGUGCCGAAAGCUUGUUGAGAUGAUGCAAGGAAAGAUUUGGGUAGUUCCAAAUCCGGUCGGAUUCGAUCAAGCAAUGUCACUCAUUCUCCGAUUCCAACUCCGACCAUCGAUUGUAAUCGGAAUCUCCGAAACCGGUGAAUCAUCAGACCACAACCCGCUAUCCAACUCUAUAUUCCGGAAUCUUCAAGUCCUGCUAGCCGAUGAAGACGACAUGAACCGAGCCGUCACCCGUAAACAACUCGAAAAACUCGGCUGCAUUGUGUCAACCGUCGCCAGUGGUUCCGACUGCAUCAUGGCACUAAACCAGCCCGUAUCAUCGUACCAAAUCGUACUUUUGGAUCUUCAUAUGUCUGAUGUUGAUGGGUUUGAGGUGGCAGCAAGAAUCCGGAAGUCUCGCAGCCGGAAUUGGCCAUUGAUUGUGGCUUUAACAGCCAGUGGGGAUGCAGAUGUGUGGGAAAGAUGCUUGCAGAUGGGAAUUAAUGGAGUUAUUCAAAAACCGGUGGUUUUACAAGGAAUAUCUGAUGAACUCAGG